GGAGUCUCAAUUGUUCCAAAUUCGCCGGUCCAGCAUGAACCGCCUGCAGUGACACAAAAUGCUGCCUUAUUGGGUGCCGGCCGCGGCCCUUUUGCUGCCGGCCACUGCGAGUUCCUGCCUUGGGGAGGGCUACCUGCACCAGCAGCUUUGCCAAGCUUGGGAGCAAAAACGCAGCGAAGGUGUCCUUCAGUGGACGGAGUCGGAGCUGCCAGCGCUGGAGGUUCUCGAGGGGCCGACGGCUAUGGUAGUUCAGCUGGCGCCCAAUCGUGGCCAAAAAAGGUCAUUGAAUGCCACGAUCAACUCCACACGAUUGCCAUUUGAUGACCAGAGAUUUCACUUUGGAAAGGUGGCUAGCGCGGAGGUGCUUCUUUGCUUCAAUCCCUGGCGACAAACGGCAUGUCAUCAUACAGAGACGUCCAACACCUGUCACUGGCCGAAGUACGCAGACCUGUCGACUGGAGACAGGUGCGAGGAGGAGCAAGCAAUGGUCAUCGUCAACAAGCAUCCCAUUUGUCGAAACCACUUUUUGCUGGUGCCCCGUGGCGAGCAGCCACAAGUCCUGACCUUGGAGGCGCUGAUGCUGGGCCUGGCCUUUGGGCUCAGGGGAUCGAAGCGGCUUUGGCUCUCCUUCAACACCAUCGGCGCUGGGGCAUCGGUGAAUCAUCUACACCUGCAUGGCUUCAUGGCGGGUUUUGGGACCGAGCCGAUGGACUUUCCCUUGGAACGAUACCUGGACUUCCCCGCACUCCUUCCAGCGGCCACCAGUCGUGGCCCGGUGUCCUUAUGGCGGACUCCGCGCCAAUGGCCACUCUGUGGAUGGGUCUUCGAGUGGACGGACAAUCGGGCCUUGGAGAUCGACAGCACUUUGGCUGAGCGGCGGCUGGCGGAGUUCGUCCAUGCCUUCGUGAAAACUCUCCAGGUGUUGGAUCUGGCACACAAUGUGAUUAUUCGGAUGUCCCACCGACAGGUCAUUGUCUUUCCUCGCAAGACGCUCUUUGAGCAGAGCAAGGACGUCACAGAGUUGCAGGUCUCGGGGCAUGAAGUCCUUGGCUGGUGGGUGGUGGCGCGCAAGGAGCAUGCGUUAACGGGCGUCGAGGCGGAGGCACGGCUGCAGCAGGCGCAGCUGCCAAGGAGCGCCCAGCAGAAGGUGCUGAAGGCGCUGGAGUGGAUUGGUUGGACCCUGAAAGAGGAGGCAAAGUUCCUCUGUGACACACAGUUUCCGACUGUUGCGUAGCGGGACAAACCCGCAGACAGAAGUGAAUACGACCCAGACGAGCACAUAGCAAUGUGCGAAGGUCCGGGGAUGACUCGAUGUGGCACCCACAAAUUCAUUGCUUUGGACAUGUAGUGGUUGCGAGGAGUCUUCUAUUUUAAGCAGACACCUUUCACCAGCUGUUGGUGCAUUUGGCGUGGUCAAGCCCUUCGAAAUCUGUGGGGCUGGACAACUUGUAGAAAAAA